CUUUGCUUUGGCUCGCAGGGUUAGAUACAGACCUCUUCGCGAAGCUAGAAGUCUCUCGCAGCCAUGGGAAUCGGCCGUGAUUCCCGGCAUAAGCACUACAAGACCGGUGGCCGCAGCAAGACCUCCAUCAAGAAGCGCAAGUAUGAGAUGGGCCGACCGGCAGUGCCGUGCCGAUUGGGCGCCAAGCGCGUCCGCAGCGUGCGAUGCCGCGGAGGCAACAUGAAGUACCGCGCCUUGAGGCUGGACAGUGGCAAUUACGCAUGGGGCUCCGAGCACGUGACAAAGAAAGUGAGGAUCCUGGACGUUGUCUACAAUUCCACCAGCAACGAGUUGGUCCGAACGAAGACCCUGCUGAAGAACACCAUCGUCCAGAUCGAUGCCCACCCCUUCAUGCAGUGGUACAUGAAGAAGUACGGCGUGGAUGUGGGAAAGAAGAAGAAGGGUGCCCAGAAGGAGGAGAAGAAGGAAGAGAAGGAAGAGGAGGUCAAGAAGAGCCGCCAUGUGAUCUUCAAGCAGAAAGCUCGAGCUGCCAAGCAGAAGUUGGACACCACCUUGGAGGAGCAGUUCCAGAGUGGCCGCUUGUUGGCCUGCAUCGCGUCCCGCCCGGGCCAGUGCGGCCGCGCAGAUGGCUACGUGCUGGAGGGUGAGGAGCUGGCCUUCUACAAGAAGAAGCUCGAGAAGAAGAAGAAGGGCUAGAUGAUUUUUCAUCGCAGCAGCGUCUAGAUGGAGAGUGUACCGGCAAGCAGGGCAUACA